AUAAAUGGAAAAAGAAAAGAAUCCUUAAUCCCAACUUGAUUAUAUAAAGCUGAAGAAAGUUGAUGACAAUUAAUCUGAACUCUCUGGUUUAGCCAACAGUCCACCAAUAAUUAAAGAAAAGCUCAGAAAAUAUGGGGGAUGCUGCCUCAACUAAAUUCACAUGGAAAAUUGACAACUUUUCCAAGUUGGCUGCAAAGAAACUCUAUUCAGACAUUUUCAUUAUCAGAAGAUGUAAAUGGCGUUUGCUUAUUUUACCAAAAGGAAACGUCAAUGCGGAUCAUUUAUCAAUCUAUUUGGAAGCUGCUGAGUCCACAAAUUUGCCAAAUGGUUGGAGCAGAGAUGUUAAUUUUGGCCUAUCAGUAAUUAAUCACUUCAAUAACAAAUCUACAGUGAGAAAAGAUACAAAACAUGUAUUCAAUGCAAGAGAAUGCGAUUGGGGAUUUUCUACUUUCAUUCCUCUCAGCAAACUGAAAGAUACUGCUGCAAGGUAUCUAGUGAAUGAUACACUAACAGUUGAAGCCGAGGUUCAAGUCCAUAGUGUUGUGCAUUACUCUGUGCCCGAACCUGUUAAGGAAGUUAUUAAAGAUGAGCCCAAACUGCCCAAGCCAGUUCAAACUCCUGCAGAUCAACCGACGACGGUUGAACCACCAGCUGCUACGGUAACUGCUAAACCAGUGAAUCAGACUGGAGGAGCAGUUCAAACAGAAGCUCCCAUUAAGAAACAAGAAAUUGUGAAGGAAUCACUUCCGCCUCCUACUAUUGUCGACGAAAAGAAUCUUGCUCGGGAUCCUCCCUCAAUAUCUGUACCAUCCUCCCCAGAUGUAGAGAAAAUUUCUAAGAAUCUCGUGACCGAAAUUUCAAACCGGACAAGGACUCAAAAAUCAAUUCCCAACAAUGAAUUUCCAGUUCCAAGCCAAGCAACUAAUCCUGAACUUGUGCAUCAGAAAAAAGAAGCAUUGCUCGGCUUCUUCAACAUGUCGUUAGAGGCUAUACAACAAGCCAACGCCUUCAGAAAUAUCGAAAGGAUCAUCAUUGAACUCGCUAACAAUACUACGAUCACUUUACAAGAGAAGACAAUUCUUGAAGAUUUAGCUUCACGUUUGACAGAGUUUCAAGAAAGCAUUCCGAACUCUACAAUAGUAACAGAAACUGUGAAAGAUCGCAGAAUCUCUCUAGCGGAAAAAACUGCGAAUCUCAAUUCGAGAUUGGAGAAAAGGCAGAAGGAAAUAAGUUCCUUGGUGGAGAAAUUCUCGAGGCUUUCCGAAGAGGAAGCGAAACUCGAAGCUGAAAUUCAGCGGUUAAUGAUGCGAAAAGAGGAGCUCGUUACGCAGAAGAAAUCCGCUGCAGUUGAGUUGCAGAAAGCGAAUGAAGGAGCGUCUAGAGAGCUUGAAGAAUGGAGAGGUUUAGAAGGGGAAAUCAAGGAGUCUAAUGGAGAAUGGCGUGGAGCUAAGGAGAAAUUAGCAUUAGCUAAUGUGCGUUGGAAAUUGUUUAAAGAGGAUCUUGGUCUUGGAAAUCUUAAUAUUUCGUAAAUAUUUGUGUAAUUGAAUCUUUAUAUGUUUCAUGUAUAUUGUGUUUAUUUUGAAUGGAAUUCAUUUAAGAUUGAUUCUUUUAUGAUACCAUCCGUAUUAUAAGUUCAA